AUGUCCUACACAACAACAUAUGCAGGUAGUAAUCAUUUUGUGUUGUGUCACAAACAAAAGAGAGAAAGCUGAAAAGCAAAAUGGUACAUGGUGGUCCAGUUUCAAUGAAGAGAGAAGCAGACACAAACCUAUAACUGUUUAAAAGAGACCCUUCAUACAUCAACUUUGAUGCUAUAUUCCAUUCACUUCUUCAUCAUUCUCUCUCACAAACUGGUUUGAAUUUGGUGCUACUUCAAAGUCCAAACUUCAAAAAACAAAGGGACUUGAAUUGCUUGUUCAUAUUUUUUUUCUAAGACUUAAAAAAACUAAUAACAAUGUCUAAUAUGGUAGAGGUGAGAGUUCCAAAUCUUGAUUGUGAAGGAUGUGCUUCAAAAUUGAAGAGAGCUCUCUACAAGCUCAAAGGAGUAGAUGAGGUAGAGGUGGAAAUGGAGGCACAAAAGAUAACAGUUAAAGGGUAUGGCUUAGAAGAGAAGAAGGUUUUGAAGGCAAUAAAACGUGCAGGGAAGGUAGCAGAACCAUGGCCAUUCCUAGCAGGCCAUUCUCAUUUUGCAUCAUUCUAUAAGUACCCUACUUACAUUGUUAACCAUUACUACAAUGAUGCAUACAAGAGUGAAGCUACAAAUGGAGUUCAUACUUUCUUCCAUACACCUUCUGUUUAUUCUGUUGCUGUGGCCUCUGAUGAGGCCUUUGCUUCACUCUUCAGCGAUGAUAACCCUCAUGCAUGCUCCAUUAUGUAAGACAUGUUCAUAUAUCAUAUCAUAUGAGUCAUGUUUUUCCACAAUCAUCAAGGUUUUUUUUGUCUGUUUUUAAUUAUUAUUUGUUUAUUUUUUUUUUCUAAUUUUACUCAAGAUUAGAGGUUAUCGGUUCCUACAAACACACAACCAUUCGG